AUGUCACCAAGCGCUGUUCAAAAACACGUGGACGAUGUCUCAACAUCCACCAAACUUGUCCCUGAACUCUCUUCAGAAGCCGACUUCUCUACCUUCCGGUCCCUGGUCCCUCUCCUGGCUGACCAGAACCUCACCUACCUCAAUGCCUCCUACCAGCCCCCCUCAAACCUGAUCGUCCACGGUGCCAUCACCAAGUUCACCUCCGAUUCCCUCUACGAUCCUCAUCCAAAGCCUCAAUGGCAAAACGCAGUCGAGGAGACUCGUACCCUAGUCGGUCGCUACAUCAGCGCCGAUCCGUCCUCCCUAGCCUUCACCCGCGACACAACAGAGGCCCUGGGUUGCUUCAUCCGCAGCCUCAAGUUCGAACCCGGCGACAACGUCGUCGUCCUGGACACGGAGCACCCAAAUCACGUCUACGGAUGGAUGGCCCUCCGCAAAGCCGGCCUCGAGAUCCGGCAAGUCCCGACCAUACCCGCCGCGGAGGAAACUGGGCACGUCACGGCUGCCAACGCCGCGACCUUCGCGCCUUACGUCGAUGAGCGUACCAAGGCCAUCGGCCUUAGCUCCAUCAUGUUCCACAGCGGCCAGUGGAAUGACGUAGCGGACAUCUGCGCAACAUACAGACCUCGCGGCAUCCACGUCCUGGCGGACCUCACGCAGCAGGUCGGCUUCGCAGAUGUGGACGUCCGAGCUCUGGGCGUCUCCGCGGCGGCGUUCAGUUUGCACAAGGGGUUGAACUGCCCGACGGGCUUCGCGGUUCUCUACGUCGAUCCAGAAUUCAUCGCCGACACCGACCCUACUCCGCCCAUUGUAGGCUUCGGGGCCGUCAGUAACGUACGUGCAGAUCUGUUAGUCCCUUCAGAUGAGGUGGUAUAUCACCCCUCGGCGCGCCGGUAUGAGCAUCUGAAUCUUAGCUUGAUCAGUGCAGCGGCCGCGAAGGCGUUUUUGACGUUUUAUCUGGAUUCCAUGGGCCCCGAGCGUGUGCAGGAGCAUCUGUACCGCCUGGGUGAUAUGUUGAGAGAAGAGUGCCGUGGGCUUGGGGUGAAGAUUGUUGGGCCUUCGGGUCGUAAGGAUCAUGCGCCUCAUUUGUACAUCCUGGAUUUGCAUGACCCGCGGUGGAUGAGUCUCUUGAAGGAGAAGGGUGUGCUGGCUACGCCCUAUCGCCUGGGUAUCAGGAUUUCCUUCGGUUUCUACAACAACUCUUCCGAUGUAAAGAGGUUGGCUGAGGCCCUAAAGGCGGGAUUAGAGGCGGGUCUUCCUUUGCCCUAA